CUCGUACAAUAUUUGAAGAAUCGGAAAUAUAGCUUGAAUUAUGAACUGAUAAUUCUUGCAAAAAAUCGUAACUUACUGAUAAUGAAUUUUAUCGUAAUACUGAUACGUAAGAUAUUGUACAGAUUAUGUAGAACAUUUUUAAAAAAUUCAAUCUUAUACUAACUCGUAUUUUAUUAGGUCUGGGAAUAGUCGUUCUUGCAUAAUAUUAUAUACAAAAGUAGUUCAAUACUGUUUUCUUUUCAUUUUGAUAGUUUUAUAUAACGGGAUACGUGUUGGUGAAUUUUAAUAUGCAUUACAUUAAACCUACAUUACACCAUAUAAGACAAUAUUUAGGUAACGCGAAUUGAAUUGCUUGAGGCUCUAGCUGGGAUAUACUUGCUCUGCCUUAAUUAUCUGUUAUACUGUUGAAAUAUGAACGUAUCGUAUGUACGUCGUUGAUAAAUCUCGACGCGUUAUUGUAUUUUAUUUUCACUAUGUAUGCGUGAUAGUAAUAAGCCUAACAAACUAUAAGAUUAGCAAAAUUGUGUUACGCUUUCUCAGAGAAAGACUUUAGAUAAAUUGUAUGUUUAUACGAGUGUCACGAAUCGAUUGUUUACCUUUUUUGAUCAAUGAACCGGAGAAAUUUAUUAAAUUAUUGUCAGUACCAACCAUAACGAAUUUCGAGUUAUUAAAAUAGAUAUAAAUUACUUACUUCUUUUUUAAACGAUCGUUUAGUUUCUGAUAUCAUGUGAAAAGGGAUUACAGCAUAUUUUAUCUAUUUAACUAUAACUAUGGGCUGCAGCUGGUACAUUUGGAAAUUAAGUAAAAGAUCUCGCAUCCUCCGUUCGCGCUAUUAUCGUUCAUUAUUCAAAUCAUUUUCAGUUGUCACUACAUGUUCUGCCAAUAAGAUGGACAUUGUUGUGAGUUAUGAUUUGUGAAACUGUUUCAUUUAUGUUAUUAGUCAAAUUGAUUGAAAAAAAAUUAUUGAGUAUACCUGUAAUCUGUAAUCUUAUUUACAAGUAAACCCUAUAGAAUUUUAAUAGACAAUUUGUAAAACAUGUAUAGUUAUUGUCUAUCUAUUCCAAAUUUGUUCAUCUUUAUUCAAAUGAUAUUCUUUGCUAAUACUAAAUUGUCGAUUCCAAUUUUAAAAGCAACCAGUGGAGGCAACAGGUGUUUUUAUCUAUAUAUUCUUUCUAUACUUGACGUUGCUUGGUAACCAUAGACAAACAGUAUGGCAACAUUCUGAAGUUUGGUAUUUUCAUUGCUUUCAAAAGUUUUGAAUUUUCGAAUAACUUUACAUCAGUAUUCAAUGAUUGAAUAAUUGAAUAGGUGUACGUACUACACUAUCUCAUUAAAGAAAAAUUUAUCGCAAACUAUACAUUGGAGUACAACUAAAGAAAGUAUUGUCAACGUCUUUGUAAAAAUUCACUAGCACAAUGGGUCCUAAGAAAGGAAGAGGGAAAAAAAUGGAAUCUGUCGAAGGUGUAGAUACAUCGAAAAUGAAUAGAGAGCAGCUGGAAGUCUAUUCGCAUAAAAUUUUGGAAGAAAUGGAAAGGGAACGCGAAGAAAGAAAUUUCUUUCAGCUAGAGCGUGACAAGCUGAGAACAUUUUGGGAAAUUACACGACACCAACUAGAUGAAGCUCGUGCAACUAUUAGAAAUAAGGAACGUGAAAAAGAAGAAUUAAUUGAAAAGCACGAAGCUGAACUAAAGUUGUAUAAGCAAAAAGUGAAACACUUGAUGUAUGAGCAUCAAAGUAAUUUGUCCGAAACCAAGGCUGAGCAUAUGGUGGCGCUCAAAAUGGCUCAAGAUGAUCACAUUUUGCAAGAAAAUGAACUUAUCAAAGAUAAAAAGGAGCUCAAAAGAAUGCGCAAAGAGCAAGAAAUGGCACAAGUAGAUGAAAUACGCGAACUGAAACUGGCAAAUGCAGAGGAAAUGAGUAACAUGAUGAAGAAGUUUGAGGCAGAAGCAAUCGAACUGGAGCAAAAGUAUGAGCAUAAAUUAGCCGAUCAAUACGAAUCGCUGACAUUGAAACAUCGAAUGGAAAUAACUGAAGUAGAGGAAAGGAAAAACAAACAAAUUGCGGAUUUGAUAAAAAAUCAUGAAAGAUCAUUUGCUGAAAUGAAGAAUUACUAUAAUGAUAUCACACUAAAUAACUUGUCUCUAAUUCGAAGCAUGAAGGAACAAAUGGAAGUGAUGAAAAAUCACGAAGAGCGAAUGAAAAAGCAGGUACGAGAAUUGUCGAUCGAUAACAAAAAACUCCAGGCAGAUCUGAAAAUUGCUCAGGAACAAGUAUCAGAAUAUAGUCGACAACUUCUGAAUUACACCAAGGAUAAAACGUGUUUGGCAAACACCAAGAAACGAUUGACUGAAGCUGUGAAGUCACUAGAAAACCUGAAAUGGGAGAACGAAGUACUUGAGCUGCGAUUCGAAAAGUGUCAAGGUGAGCGUGAUGAACUUCAUUCCAGGUUCGUCUCAGCGAUUUUAGAACUUCAGCAAAAGACUGGGCUGAAAAACGUCCUCCUUGAGAAAAAGUUACAGAAACUUUCUGACUUGCUGGAACAGCGAGAGGUCCAAAUAAGUGAAGUGUUAGCUGCUGCUCAGUUAGAUCCAGCGACUAUUUUGAGCGUCAAUCAGAAACUGGAAGAAUUGUUAAAUCGUAAAAACACAGCCAUUCAAGAUCUUCAAGUGGAAUUAGCAAGAGUUUGCAAAGCACACGACGAUCUUUUAGUGACGUGCCAAAGCAAAUUACAGGAAUAUGGAAUACCAGAAUCUGGGAUCAGCUUUCAACCCAUCAGAACCAAAGUCUUAGGUGCAAAAAUGAGUCUUGUUUCUACCUCAGUUGUGUCUAAUAAUAGAUGAGACAUUAGACUGUAUAUAAUAUAAACUUUCGUAUAAGGUCGUAUAAAUAAAACAUCAGCGUACAUAAAACACGCAGUUGUCAACGUCCAUACUAUUAACCUUCUUGAAAUAUCGAUCAGUACUACCCUGAGCAUAAGUAUGUAUUUGCCAUCAAUGGCUAUGUGAACAAAAAUUUUUGUAAAUGUGGGUUGAAAAAUUGAAUUUCCUUCGAUGCACAUACAAUACUUUUAUUCCAGAAUACGGUAAACGAUCGUCAGAAACAGAUACAUCUAUUAUCCUCAAAUAUUAGAUAAAUUUAUCACAGAGGAUGUACAAUAUGUAUAUAUAUAUAUUUAUGUAUAUUUAUAUAGGUAUAUGCGUGUGUGUAUGCGUCAUAAAGAUUAACGUGACAUGUCCCCUGAAAUGAUGAGGCAUACAUUA